AUGACGGAGAAGAGUAAAAUCCUAGUUGUGGGAGGAACAGGAUACAUCGGAAAAUUCAUAGUUAAGGCAAGUGCAGAAGCAGGACAUCCCACCUUUGUUUUAGUAAGAGAAAGCACAGUUUCUCAUCCUGAAAAGUCUAAACUUAUUGACUCCUUCAAGAGUUCUGGAGUUACUCUGCUUUAUGGUGAUCUGAAUGAUCAUGAAAGCCUUGUUAAGGCAGUAAAGGAAGUUGAUGUUGUAAUAUCCACACUUGGUGGACAGCAGAUAGAUGAUCAACUCAAGCUCAUAACAGCAAUAAAAGAAGCUGGUAACAUCAAGAGGUUCCUCCCAUCGGAGUUUGGGCUUGAUGUGGACCAUCACAAUGCAGUUGAGCCAGCAGCCAGCUUUCUGAAUAAAAAAGUGAAUAUCCGAAGAACAAUUGAAGCUGAAGGAAUCCCCUACACUUACGUUUGUUCAUAUGCCUUUUCUGGUUACUUCUUGUCUACAUUCGGACAACAAAAUGUCACAGCCCCUCCUCGGGAUAAGGUUGUCAUUCUAGGAAAUGGAAAUGUCAAUGCUAUUUUUGUGUCGGAGGAAGAUGUUGGGACUUAUACCAUCAAAGCAGUGGACGACCCAAGAACCUUGAACAAAACUCUCUACCUUAGACCCCCUUCCAAUAUUUUGAGCUUCAACCAGCUCGUCUCCUUGUGGGAGGAAAAGAUUAAGACAACGCUUGAGAAAAUCUACAUUCCAGAAGAUCAACUUCUUAAGAACAUCCAGGAGUCUUCCUUCCCUACCAAUUUCAUUUUAGCAUUAUCCCAUGCAAUGUUGGUAAGGGAAGUUAGUACGACCAAUGACCCUUCUUCCGGUGUGGAAGGUUCUGAAAUUUAUCCUGAGGUCAAAUACACUUCUGUGGACAAUUAUUUGGAUGCGUUUGUCUGA